AAUCCCUUUGUCCCAACACCCACCCACCCCCUUCUUUCAUUCCUUGCUUUCUCCAACACGUCACGGUUCUUCUCCUCCUCUCCUUCUUCUUCAUCUCUACACUUGUUCUUUCUUUUGUCAAAGGAGUCGACCUUUGAAUUGAAUUUACCCAUUAAUCCGUGAGUGACCUACUCGGACUUAGUCCCCUUCCUUUACUCUUUCUCACUACACAAACGCGCAUUCCCAUUUGUGGUGAGACCCAAUAUCUAUAAAAACGCCCACUUUUCUCACGUCUCUUACACGCCCUUUUCGACCCAAAAUCUUGACUAAGUUACAUUCCAUAAACAUAGGUGUUUAGAUAAAUCUGAACUGACGGGUCAAAGUUGUUUACAAAGUUCACAUCUUUUUUAGCAAAUAAGUAUUGCUACUUUUGGUUAGAAGCUAAGAUUUGAUAUGGAAGGAUUUCAAGCAACCCCAGAUGAUGGUGGGAUAGCAAAGAGGCUUUGGGUCAAGUUCAAGAACGAAUCACUUUGUGCUCUUUAUACUCCUUUUAUUGUGUGUUUGGCAUCUGGGACUUUGGAUUCUAAAUCAUUUCUUCACUGUAUUUCUCAAGAUGUCUAUUUCCUUCAAGCUUUUGCUAAGGCUUAUGAGAUGGCGGAGGAUUUUGCGGAUGACGACGAAGACAAGGAAGCUAUCCGUGAAUUGAGAAAGCGUGUUUUGAGGAAGCUUAAAGAUCAAGAUGAUCUUGUGCGGGAAUGGGGCUUUGAACUUCCAAAUAAUAGCACUUGUGACAGUGCCACAGUUAGAUACACUGACUUUUUGCUGGCCACAGCAGCAGGAAAAGUUGAAGGGGAAAAGUUUACCGGUAAAAUUGUGACCCCUUUUGAGAAGACAAGGCUUGCGGCUUAUGCACUUAGUGCAAUUGCACCCUGUAUGAGGCUUUACAGCUUUCUUAGCAAGGAGAUUAAGUCUGUUUUGGUCCCUGAAGAGAACAAUAACAUCUAUGAGAGAUGGAUUGACUGUCUAUGUUCAGAAAGUUUUGAGGCAUAUGCUUCAAGGAUUGAGGACCUACUGGAUAAACUAAGUGUUUGUUUGACUGGCGAAGAACUUGAUGUUGUGGAAAGGCUGUAUCACCAAGCUAUGAAACUUGAAUUGGAAUUUAUCUCUGCUCAGCCAAUUACCCAGUCCACUGUAACCCCCAUUUCUCAAGUCCAAGAACCAGCAGGAUGCAAUCUUACAAUGUUUUGUGAUUUUGACAUGACGUGCAGUGCUGUUGAUUCAUCUGCCCUUUUGGCUGAUGUUGCCAUCAUAGCAGCAGCAAAGAGUGAUCUAGAUGAUUGUGAAACCCUGUACCCUCGUGUUUCUGCAGCUGAUCUUCGGGCCACUUGGAGCAAUCUUUCCAGCAAGUAUAUUGAGGAAUACGAGCAAUGCAUAGAAAGCAUCAUACCUAGUGAAACAGUUGGGAGAUUUGAUUAUGAGGGUCUGUGUAAAGCACUAGAGCAGCUGUCUGAUUUUGAAAGGAGAGCAAAUGAUAUGGUGGUUCAUUCUGGUGUAUUAAGAGGGUUGAGUCAGGAAGACAUAAAACGGGCUGGGGAACGCCUCAUCUUUCAAAAUGGUUGCAAAAACAUUUUUCAAGAAAUACUUAGAAGUGAAAACUUGCAUGCAGAUGUUCAUGUACUGUCAUACUGUUGGUCCGGAGAUCUCAUCAGAUCAGCUUUUUCAUCAGCAGGGGUCUUACCAGUGUUAAAUGUGCACUCAAAUGAGUUACCUUAUGAAGGAUCUGUUACCACUGGUGACAUGAUUAAGAAGAUGGAAUCUCCUAUGGACAAGCUUCAAGCCUUUAAUGACAUCCUGAAGUCCCGUGACAUUAAUGGCAAACAUACUACAGUGUAUGUUGGAGGCUCCGUCGGUGACUUGCUUUGCCUGCUCAAUGCAGAUGUGGGGAUUGUGAUUGGUCUGAGUGCUGGCCUUAGAAGACUAGGUGAACAAUUCGGUAUUUCUUUUGUUCCAUUGUUCUCCGGUUUGGUAACAAAACAGAGGGAACUAGCUGAAGGUGGUUUGAAGGGAAUGUCUGGCAUUCUUUACACUGUCUCCAGUUGGUCUGAGAUACAUGCAUUCAUUUUGGGAUUAUAGACUUCCAAGCCCCCGGCCAUUUAGCUGCUCCCUGAAGCCAUGUGUCACAGGGUAAUGGGGGUUGGUCCUGAGAAUAACAAGCAUAUAGAUUAGGUUGUGUCGUCUAAGAUGUGGCUAAUCAAAUUACAUGGUCCAUGUGUCAGUCCUUGGUCAUUUUUUUGUUGAAGGACUAGUAGCCUGUGUAAAGUUAUACUGUCUGGGUGAUUUUUAGGGCCCAAGGCAAUUCGGUCACUCCAGGCAAUUAGUACUAUAGUUUGUUUCCUUUGCGCUACUCACCUCGUGUUUUAAAGCAUUGUAGUUGAUCGCGUUCUCAAGCUUUUGACGGUGAGAAGUAUGAGACAUUGUGAAUCUGCCUCGGUGUAAAUCCUGAAUAUGAGGUGAUUUUAUUAGGAAUCUCAUUUUCAGGAUAUUGUUGCUUUACAUAUAUUUUAGUAAGGCAACAUGGAAAAGUCAAUUGUUUGUCAGGUUAUUUACUUGUAAACUGAACAUAAUUGAUUUGAAUCUUUUUUUUCCUUGAGUAAUGAACUAUGAUGGGAAUGUUUUAUUUUCCCAUUUGUCAAAUGUGUAUCUCAUGAAAGGUUGCUUAAUGAAUGCUUUGAUUUUCCAA